GAUUAUUUAUUUUUAGGCAUAUAUAUAAUCGUUUUUCAAUGCAUGAGAAAUCUCACUCCAAUAUCCCACACUUUUAAAACUCAUGGUAGUCUCCCCUCAAUUUAUUCUUGAAACUGGUAUUCUGUAAGUACCUAAUGUGUCCUUUGACCCUAUAAUUGCCCUGUGGGCUGUUUGGUCUGUAUACAGCAAUAAAUAAAUAAAUAAAAUUGUGUACAGGGACAAGUGGAGUAAAAUGGACACUUCUGUUACUAACUUUUAUUAAUGACCUAUUAAAUUGCUAAUCAAAAAGGAUAAUUUUCAACAUUGCGAAAAAAAUUCAAACGUGUCCAUUUUAUGUCCAUCAAUAAUAAUAAUAUUUUUAUGACUUACGGAAUUGAAUGAACGUCCCUAAUAAUAGUCCCCUGCAUCUGUCACCGUUCCACGCACGUGCUACUGAUGCUCCCCCUUCCUCACGCACCAUUUCCCUCUCCCGUCCAUCCCCACCGCCCCAAUAACACUCACGUGCUACCCAACCAAAUUCAUUUCCACGAAUAACGCGAAUAUAAACACAACUGUUGACUCCCAGAAAUUACGAUAUAUCGUAAAUAAUAUAUAUAUCCAUCCACGGACGGAAGACUGUGGACAUCAGUCCGAAACAGCCGGAGCCAGAAACCUUAACUAACUAUAUAUCCAUCCUGAACCACUGGUAAAUUUAAUGUCGAAAUCCAUACAGAGUAUCGAACGAUUACACCUGCCAUGAAACGAACGAGUCUUUUUCGUCGAGUUAAGAACGCCGGGUGUCCUGUCAUUAACCUUAAUGCAGGCCAUCAGACUGCUGUGACUGUUCUCUCGCAAGAGCCAGGGAAUGAUGAAGCUGUUCGAGAAAUACCCAAGGAAAAAUCCAGAAAGAAAAGAGUAAAUCCAUCUCUUGAUACUGAACCCAACGAUUAUUCCUGUCAAAACAAAUCGAAAAGUAAAUUAAGCUUUGAGAAUUUAUCAAAAAAUCUGAAUAAACAAGAGAAUCCAAAGGAACUUGCCAAGAAGAAAACUAGAGCGAAGGUCGACCUUGACUCAAUGAAAGAAGAAUUAAAACAGCUGGAGGAUCCCCCGGAGACUGAUGUGGAGAAGGAAAUUAGUGUCAACAGAUUGAAUUACGAGUUCUACGAUACCCCGUGCGAAGAGUUGGCUCAGAAUCUCCUAGGGAAAGUAUUAGUUCGUCGGUUGGAUAAUGGAUCUGUGCUGAGGGGGAGAAUUGUUGAGACAGAGAGCUACUUGGGAAAAAUUGAUGCUGCCUCUCACACUUUUAAUAAUCGUGUGACACCGAGAAAUAUUCCCAUGUACAUGCUUCCUGGGACGAUUUAUGUGUACAUGACUUAUGGAAUGUAUUUCUGCUUUAAUAUAUCGAGUGGAGGUAAAGGCGCAGCAGUUCUUCUGAGAGCUCUCGAGCCCCUAGAAAAUAUGGAACAAAUGCAGGAGAAUCGUCUUUCCCUUCAGAAGUCGAAAAAUAAAGAGAAAAAAACCAAAGAUUUUCGCCUUCACGAAUUAUGCAAUGGCCCCUCCAAGCUCUGUACAGCAUUUCAAAUCGACAGAGAUUGCUGCAAAUACUCCCUAUGCACGUGGAAAAAAAUGUGGAUAGAGGAUGAUCCGAACUACCCUCGAGAGGACAUGAGAGUCAUAAAGACUGCGAGGAUAGGGAUUGAUAGUGUUGGAGCAGAAUGGGCCAACAAGCCCCUGAGAUUUUAUAUCUAUGGAAAUUCUUCUGUAAGUAAACGUGAUAAGAAAUCGGAAGAGAACGUCGUUAGUGAUAGUAAAUAACUAUUUUUAUUGCACCCGAUUCACUUCACGUCAGCCCAUUUAUGUUUUAUUUAUUAUUAAAGUCAAAAAUAAUUUAUAACCAUUAUGAUUGAGACAAUUUUUUACUUUUUUUAUACGUGAAUUUAAUAAACUUGUAGCCACUCGGCCAUAAAUCUCUCGAAUUCUCUUCCUCGAUGGAAGGUUCGUCAAUAAAUCUGGAAAACCUGAUCAAUAAAUCAUCCACACGGAGGUAGAAACUUCCAGAAAGAAAGUAAACGUGAUAAGAAAUGGGAGGGGAACGUCAUUAGAGAUAAUAAACAACUGCAUGAAGAUUUUUAUUGCUCUCCAUCCACUCCACAUCGGCUAAUUUAUAUUUAUCUGUUAUUUAUUAUUCAAUUCAAAAAUAAUUGAUAAAAAUUACCAUUGAGUCAUUAUACACCCGUUCUCUUAGGACAGUUUCUUACUUCAUUUAUACGUGCAUUUAGUAAACUUACAUCCGCUCAGCCAUAAAUCUCUGGUAAUUCUCUUCCUCGAUGGAAGGUUUGUCAAUAAAUCUGACAAACAUCGUCAAUAAAUCAACUGCA